UGUCAUUGUUAGUUUGGUAAAUUACAGCGUGCUGGGUCACCGGCAUACCCCACUGGACUCCCGUUGAGACGAUGGCUGGAGGAGUGACUCCCUCAUCCGUCUCGUUCAUCACUUUGGCUCGAGCGGGAGAGGAAACAUCUGCAAGACGCCCCGACAUCAAAAUGUGACGACGAGGGAGGAUCGGACACGAGCGGCCUCAGCCGGCGAGGCUCAUCAACUCCGCUAAUGGGCCGUGGAAACUCGCAUUUUGGACGAUCAUUCGGCGUAAUGAGGUUUUUCAUAAAGGACUGCACGGAUUCUACCUGCCUGGGUAGACUUUAGUUUACAAUUUAGGAGCGAAAUGGACAUUACACUUAUUGGUUGUAGAUAGAGUAUAUUGUAGUGUCCUGGAAGAGUUAGAGCUGCAAGGACUUCUGGGUAUGUGUGCGGUUGUCUUUAUGUUGUGUUACAGUGCGGAUGUUCUGCCGAAAUGUGUUUGUCAUUCUUGUUUGUGUCAACGCGUGGACUAUGAGGUGGUUGUUUUCCCGAGAUGCAAGUGAACUUGGACCGUAGAUGGCGUGAAGGUAGAGACAUUGUGGAGAGGCGGAGCCAACGGGCCGACAGCGUGCCCUGCCCAAGAUGGCGGCAAGGAGGUGGAGGAUGCUUGAAGCGGAGAGGCGGGGCUUGCUGGGAGCAAUGCCUCCACAAUCUAAAUCAGGUGCGUGGCACACACACCUGCACACAAUUAACUCAUCAACUCCUGCUGUAUAAAAGGGGAGUAGGAGGAGAGAUCAGAGAAGGAGUUGGAGUGUCCGCAGUGCGCGAAGAGCAAGAGCGGCAGAAAGCAGAAGACGACGACGACGACGACGACGACGACGACGACGACGACGACGACGACGACGACGACGACGACGACGACGACGACGACGACGACGACGACGACGGCGGCGGCUGAAAAACAACCGGCGAACAAGCAGUGGAGGAAGGAGCUGAAAAGCGAUCCAAACUGCAGCCAAGC